AUGCGAUGGUUGAUUUGGCAUCUUUCAUGCGCAAUUGUAUCUGCGUUUACUCAUAAUGUGGUCGUCAAGAACUAUUCUCCAAAAGCAGCAGAGCUUCCUUGUUAUACUGGUCGUAACUUGGAAGACUUCAAUAUCACCAAUCUUCUCUUAGCUUCAGAUAUAGAAGGAAAUAUUCACGCGCUCAAUAGAAAUACCGGAGAAGUGUUUUGGACGUUAUUGGGUCAUCAGCCCUUGGUUUCUGUUGCUUCAACUUCAAACUAUACCGAGAAAAUAGGGAAGAAAAAUUACUCGGACGCUGAUAAAACCAUAUAUUUCAAAACCAGCACUAACAACAGUGAGCUCACUGCCUCUAUACCAGAAAUAAAUGAAGAUGACCAUGUGACAUGGAUCAUUGAACCCUUUGAAGAUGGUGCACUUUACUGCUUUACUCCUCGGGAUGGACUGGAGAGAUUUCCAAUGAAUAUAAAAUCCCUUGUACUCAGCUCUCCAUUUAGUUUUCAAAAUGAUAAGUAUAUUUAUACUGGACUACGAGAAACAUCACUUUACAAGAUUGAUGCUCAGACUGGAAGAAUCUUAAGCAAUUAUGGGCAAUCCUCCCCUAAUGAUUUAGUUGCUCUUUAUCCCCCUUUAUUGGAAAAAGAUGAAAUACCAAAGUAUCCAGACGUUGACAAUUCACGUGUCGAAGAUGGCAGUCCAGAAUUUACUAUCACUUUAGGUAAGACCACUUACCAACUGACAAUAUACUCUCACAAUGAAUUGUUGUGGAAUAUCACGUAUACCUGUUGGGGUCCAGAUAACAUUAACGAAGAUCUUUUGAACCAAAACCUUGAAUCCCAUGACGGCGUAUAUAUUGCUCCUUUCCACGACUCAUCAUUACUGGCUAUCGAUUCGAAUUCUAAAUCUGCAAGGUGGAUUUCCAAUCUACCAUCCAUUGCUGUAAAUGUGUUUGAUAUUUACUAUACAGAUUUGAAUCUUGGACAGCCUACCAGGAAAAUUAAUGGGACUCCUGUUCCUGAAGGUGUUAUUGUUCUACCCCACCCGCUACAACCAGUAAAUUCCCCAGCUUCUGAUGAGGCAUCAAAAUCUGUUUUCAUUGACAGGAACGAAGAUGGCUCCUGGUAUGCCAUGUCUGGUAUUAACUACCCAUCACUAGUCAGGUCUGCUCCAAUUGCCAAGUACAUGCAGAAUGAACGGUGGAGAUCGACUUCCGUAUUUGAAAGCCCUGAGCUCACAAAGAUAUCAAUCAGUGGGGUCCACAACCCUUCUUUUUACAGAACUACCAACAAUCAUAAUGAUGCAAAUCAAGCAACCUCCUUCAAUAAUGUAAGAGAUAUUAUUGGAUUUCCUACUCCUAUUUUCCAAGAUGGAAACAGGCCCUACCCAGUACCUCCUGAGGAUAUACUUCCAGCUGAAGAAACUGACGCGCAUGGUAUUAGGAAAGAACUCAGUAUCAAGAAUUAUCCUGCUCUUCCAAUAGCGACUAACAAAGAUUAUCUCUCCAUUGAUCCCCCCUCAGAAAACAGCAAAGUUUCUUCGCUCAUGAAUCUUCUUCUACGUUGCUUUGAAAAUGCGCUUGUAACUAUGUUUAUCUCACUUAUAGCAGUUACACUUUCAAAGCUAGGUCUACUGCCUCCACUUACCCAAAUGUUGUCCAAAUUCGGCUUGUUUAAACGUACGCAGACUGCGGUAGAGCUGGUGGAUUUAUUGUUGAACGAGGAAAACAAAGUUGAUAUUGAAGUUUUCAAGAAAGAAAGAUGGAGCAGGCUGCGAGCUCAGGAUGAAGAUGAGAAAAAUGAAGAUGAGACUUUACUAGAUGAAUUGAAUCCUUCAUCAGAGUCAAGUAGAGACAGCACGCCAAAUUUUGAGAAUAGUUGUCAGGAAAAGUCUAAUGGCACCAAAGUUCAAACGCAAAAACAAGUAAAAAUAAUUACACCCGAGGAAGACGAACAUGGCUCCAAGACACUAAAAAGGAGAAAGAGAGGGACUCGAGGUGGAAGGAAAAACAAGAAAAGCAAUGGACAAAUUAUACUCACAAUUGACCAAACCAGUCAGGACUCAUCUUCUUAUGAUGGCCAGGAGAGAACUCUGAACGAGUUAACUACGGACAACUGUUUAAACAAGUCGAAUAAUUUGGUUAUUUCUAAUCAGAUUCUUGGGUACGGCUCACAUGGUACUGUGGUUUUCAAGGGAAUGUUCGAAAAUAGACCCGUAGCAGUCAAGCGAAUGUUAAUUGAUUUCUACGAUGUUGCCUCCCAUGAAGUCAGCUUGUUGCAGGAAAGUGAUGAUCAUUCAAACGUAGUAAGAUACUAUUGCUCUCAGCAAAGUGACAGGUUUUUGUAUAUUGCACUUGAACUUUGCAGUUGUACCUUAGAGAAUAUCAUUGAGAAACCUAAGGAAUACAAUCCCUUCGUUGAAACCAUUGAUCCAGUUCAAGUUUUGUACCAGAUAGCCAACGGUUUACAUCAUUUGCACUCGCUGAAAAUUGUACACAGAGAUAUCAAACCUCAGAACAUUCUGGUUGUUCCUCCAAAAAAAGGUCGAACUCGGACAAGUGGGAAGCAGAACGAAGCUAAUUCACCUCCUAGGUUACUAAUCUCGGAUUUUGGCCUUUGCAAAAAACUUGAAGCAGACCAAUCGUCGUUUAGAGCUACUACGGCUAAUGCUGCUGGAACAUCUGGUUGGAGGGCACCCGAACUUCUCGUAGACGACUGUGAUUCAGCUUAUAAUUUUUCUUCUGAAAAUUUAAAGCUUAAGGACGACAAGACAGAAUGCAGUAUAUCUUCCGAGCCUCUGGUUUUUGACUCUCUGUCCCAUAGAAGGUUAACCAGAUCUAUAGACAUAUUCUCUGCAGGCUGCGUUUUUUACUACGUCUUAACUGGCGGAUCUCACCCUUUUGGAGAUCGUUAUUUGCGAGAGGGAAACAUUAUCAGGGGCGAAUAUUCAUUGUCUUUACUAGACCGAAUUCCAAAUAGUAUUGAAUCCAAGGAUCUGAUUUCCAAAAUGAUUGCAAGGGAUUCCAAAAAGAGGCCAGAUACAUUUCAAAUCCUCAAUCAUCCCUACUUUUGGCCCAUUUCGAAAAAGUUGGAUUUUCUUCUGAAAGUAAGUGACCGGUUUGAAAUUGAACGUAGGGAUCCUCCCUCUGAACUUCUUUUAAAGCUGGAAGAUGUUGCUCCUGAAGUUGUUGGUGCAGAAGGGUGGUACGGUAUGCUUCCUGCCAAUUUUACUGACAAUUUAGGUAAGUACAGGAAGUACAAUACUUUCAAACUAAUGGAUUUGUUAAGGGCCAUUCGAAACAAGUAUCAUCACUACAAUGACCUUCCUGAUGAUCUCUACAAGGAGAUGAGCCCCAUACCUAAUGGAUUCUAUCAGUAUUUUUCAAGUAAGUUUCCUAAUCUACUUAUGGUAAUUUAUUUUGUGGUGCAAAGGAGUUUGAAACAAGAGCAUAUUUUUUUUCCUUUUUACAACACAUCUUCGGAGCAAUUGGAAUGA